CACAAAUUUGUUGUUUUUGUUAAUUCAUUGAAAUUCCUGCAGUCCUGCUCUUGAAUCUUUUGGUGUACAUACAUAAACUGAAGUUUUAACAUUCAGUAGUUAAGGAGAAAGCUUAAAGAUUACAAUGGCGUCGGCAGAUCUAUCAAUGGCGCCACCAACACCAACACCAACACCAAUUACACAGCGAACGCACACAGACCUAUUCGGCGACCCGAUUGAAGAUUCAACUCCAUUAUGGUUCAAGAAAGAUCUCUUUCUCUCCCCUGAUUUUGACUCCGAAUCUUACAUCUCGGACCUCCGAACUUUUGUUCCUUUCGACACUCUCAGAUCUCAGCUUCAAUCUCAUCUCUCUUCUCUUAAACACCAGCUCGUUGAUCUUAUCAAUAGGGAUUACAAUGAUUUUGUUAAUCUAACUACUCAUCUCGUGGAUGUUGAUUCUUCCGUUGCUCGAAUGCGUGCGCCAUUGUCUGAUCUCAGGGAUAAGAUUUCUGCAUUUAGGGAAUCUGUUAAACAAUCUCUUGUUUCACUUCAAAAUGGUUUGAAUCAAAGAGCUGAUGCCGCUAAUGCUAGGGAGGUUUUGGAAUUGCUUCUCGAUACUUUUCAUGUCGUCUCCAAGGUUGAGAAGUUAAUAAAGGAGUUGCCAAGUGUUGCUGCUGAUUGGUCGAAUGGAGACUUGAAUGCGUCAGAGAGGAGUCAUAUUAGCAAUGGUAUAGCUGUGCAACAAUCAGAGAAUGAAUCAAAUGUGAGGGAGACUCAGAGCAUGCUUUUGGAGAGAAUUGCCAGUGAAAUGAACAGAUUGAAGUUCUACAUGGGUCACGCAAAGGACCUACCUUUUAUUCAGAACAUUGAGAAGAGAUUUCAAAGUGCUAGCCUCUUGUUAGAUGCGAGCUUGGGACAUUGCUUUUUAGAUGGUUUAGAGCACCAAGAUGAGAAUGCCAUAUACAAUUGCUUACGGGCUUAUGCUGCAAUCGACAAUACUAGAAAUGCCGAAGAAAUUUUCCGUACUACCAUUGUUGCCCCUCUUAUAGAGAAGAUUAUUCCACAUGGUUCUUCAGGGUUGAUUGGUGUGGCUUCUGGGGAUGAACUGGAAGCUGAUUACAAAGAAAUGAAACAAUGUAUAGAGAGAGAAUGUACAUUCUUGCUGAAAAUUUCUUCAAGAGAGAAUGCUGGCUUUCACGUUUUUGACUUUUUGGCUAAUUCAAUCCUCAAAGAGGUUCUUUCAGCAAUUCAGAAAGGAAAGCCUGGAGUUUUCUCACCUGGAAGGCCUACGGAAUUUUUGAAAAAUUAUAGAUCAAGUAUAGAUUUUUUGACCCAUUUGGAAGGUUAUUGUACAUCUAGAUAUGCCGUUACUAAAUUCAGAGCAGAGCCUGCAUAUGUUGACUUCAUAAAGCAAUGGAAUCUUGGGGCUUACUUUUCAUUGAGGUUUCAAGAAAUAGCAGGGGCUUUGGAUUCUGCUCUUAUAUCUCCCAGCCUAAUAGUGGAACAAACUGCACAUCAUGAGGAUGGAAAAUUUCUAGCUUUGACUUUGAAACAAAGUGUUACUCUCUUGGAGAGUUUGAGGGCCUGUUGGAGUGAAAAUGUGCUUCUCCUACCUUGUUCUGACAAGUUUCUUCGUCUGUCGUUGCAGCUUAUCUCAAGGUAUUCUAAUUGGUUGUCAUAUGGACUCAAUGCUCGGAAACCUGGUCAUACCAAUGCGAACCCUGGAUCUGAGUGGGCGAUCUCUGCUGGACCUGAGGAUUUUAUUUAUGUUGUGCAUGACGUAAAGCUCAUUGUGAAAGAGAUUUGUGGCGACUAUGUGGGACAUGUUCUAGAUGUUCUUUCUUCCUGUCCCACAGAAGUGCUGGAUCCUGUGAAACAGAGCAUAUUACAAAGUGGAAAAUCAUUGGAAUCUAUGAUUACACCAUUGACAAUAUCUAUCAUAGAUGCGUUGGUUGAGAAGUCUGUUGAGGACCUAAAACAGCUGAAGGGAAUUUCAGCGACAUACAGGAUGACUAACAAACCUCUACCUGUCCGUCAUUCUCCUUAUGUCACGGCAAUACUUCAUCAUCUCAAGGCUUUCUUGGAGGGAGACAGAGCGACCACAUAUCUGGACAAUUCAACAACAAAAGCAAUCCUGCGAGGUACUGCAUCAGAGAUUACCAAAAGUUAUUAUGAGAUGGCCUCUGAUCUAGUUAAUGUGGCAAGGAAAACUGAAAGUUCACUGUUGAGAAUCCGUCAAGGCGCACAGAGGCGAGCUGGAGCAAGCUCUGAUGUGUCUGACCAUAAUGUAUCUAAUACUGACAAAAUUUGCAUGCAGUUGUUCCUUGAUAUACAGGAGUACGGGCGUAAUCUAGCAUCACUUGGAGUUGAUGCUACUGAAUUUCAAGAAUACAAAUUGUUGUGGGAGUGUGUGGCUCCGGCAGAUAAGCAAAGCACAAUAGUCUUUUAGUAUCCUAUUUAGUUAUGCUGAGAUUUGAGAAAAUAUUGUUCCUCAACCUGCGUAGUGAAUAUAGAAAUGUCUUGUGGUUCAUAUUCCCCUGUAAUUUUUUCAAAAACAGGAUUUAUUCGUGUACCUUCAAAAUUUUGUUCAUAGUAUAGUAGUGCUCGUUGAAAGUUCUAUCGAGGUAAUAAAUUGUUGUAUAAUGUACAGUGCUGGUUAAAAGUUCAUUUUGCAGGAUCAUGUGUUCGUAGUCCAUGAAUUUGAGGUUGACAGAUUCGAUACUUCUGCAUCAUGUGUUACUAUGGGAAAACUAUCGAUUCAAUUCCAAGAGUGACGCUACACCCCAACAAAGUAUGUGCAACAUUUGCAGUCUUGCACAUGAGGUAAUUUUGCUAGACAAACGGCAAAGCUUGACACGAGUCAAACCCAAUGAAAUACCAUACUAGGGGAUCGAGCUUGUGUUUGCUUGGUUCGACAUGAAUACCCGAGUUUGCUUGAACUCAAAGCUUGAUGAACUUCAAUCGUGGUUUGAAUUCUUCAACUCAAAUUUGAACUCAAAAAUACUUUGAUAAAUAAUAUAUCUAGCUAUCAAUACAUAGUAGUUAAAGUGGAAUUUAUAAAUGAUGAUAUCAUAAUGCACAAGCUAAGUGAAACUAGCACUGCAUUGUGCCACUGCUACCUAUGUGAAAAAAACCAUCAAAGCAAUCAUAUUCAAUUUUGCUUGGAGACAAGUAAUUUAUUUUAAAUUGUGAAAUUUAAUCAUGAAUUUAUAAAUAGGAAAUUUAAGUAUGACAAGAUUUGAAUGUUUUAAAACAAUUGUAAAAUUAACUGAAAUUCAAAUUU